AUGACAGUGUUAGAAUUAAGUGGUCUACCCAUUGAGAAGAUCCCAGAUGCUAUUGGAGAUCUUUUCAAUCUCCGCCAUUUGGGUCUACGUAAUUCAAAAGUGAAGAUGCUUCCAAUGUCUGUUGACAAGCUUUCAAAUUUGUUGACACUGGACCUUGCUAGAUCUGACAUACAUGAGGUGCCUAGUGGGAUUGUGAAAUUGAAGAAGCUUAGGAACUUAUUUGUUGAGAAAAAAAUUGAUCCAAAUUGGAGAGCAUUUAAGUGUUCCAGUGGUGUGCAUAUUGCCAGUGGGCUUGGAAAUCUGACAAACCUGCAGACCCUCCGAGCAUUGGAAGCACAUGACGGAUCUAUUAGACAUUUAGGUGAGCUGAGGCAACUAAGAAGCUUGAGGUUGUGGAAUGUGAAGGGAAUCUACUGUGGGCGCAUUAGGGACUCUCUAGUUCAAAUGCGGCAUUUGUCCAACCUUUCUGUGAGCGCCAGUGAUGAGAAUGAGGUUCUCUUGUUGAAUGUCCUGCCAAACCUGCGGAAGCUAGUUUUGAGAGGGCGACUGGCGGAAGGGGCGUUGAAUGAGUCUCUUCUCUUCCAACCUGUUGGGGGGCAGAACUUGUAUAGACUGUCUCUAUCUUGGUCACAACUGAGGGAAGACCCUUUGCCAUCGCUUUCUCGGCUGUCUAAUUUGACGCAAAUACAUUUCACCAGAGCAUACAAUGGAGAGCAUCUAGCAUUUCUCAUGGGGUGGUUUCCCAAGCUGAAGACUCUUCAGUUGAGAGACCUGCCUAAUCUGAAGCAGCUAGAUAUACAACAAGGUGCCAUGGCAAACCUGGAAAGAUUAUUCUUAAUCAACCUCAACAGCAUGAUGGAGGUCCCAUCUGGCAUUGAGUUCCUCAUGCCCCUCCAGCGUCUCGGCUUCCACGAAAUCACAAAUGAAGGAAUGAAGAGGCUUCGCUAUGGUGUUCAUUAUUGCAGAUCAAGGAAAAGGACAGAUCCGAUUGCGCAUAGUGUCUGGGACUCCUCUGCUUUCUUAAGGCGCCAUUUGCUGUUUGUUCCACCUCCACUACGGUGA